CUGUUGAUCAGAAAAGACCACCAGACUGGUAAUGACACAGUUCACUGAUCUGACCAGGAGAAAAUAAAACUCAGCUUUCACCUCCGUUCCUACUUAAGUGGGAUGUCUGCACUGGUUUUCAGUCUACCUCAGAUACCGACACCUGUCUGCUUCAUCAGGCUGCGGGAUCCUACGAUGAUUUGGACUGCUGCUCUCCUCAUGAUUGUUGUUUCAUACGCUGCAUCAGAAGAUUACUGUUACAAUGAGCCACAAUGUGAUCCUUAUUCAUGGGGAGACACAUUCCCAUCAUGUCACCCCUUACUUGAAGAGCACCACUCUCCCAUCAACCUCGACCACCAGAUGACCAGAAAUCACUCUCUGGGGUCUGUACAUCUGGAGGGCUUCGAUGUGAUCCAAACAGGCCAAUGGACGCUGAAAAAUGACGGACACUCCGUUGUGCUGCAGGUCGGCAGUGGCAUGUCAGUGAGCGGUGGAGGUCUUCCAGAUGUGUACCACACCAUCCAGGUGCACUUCCACUGGGGAGGCCCAGCCACCAACGGCUCAGAGCACACAGUGGAGAGACGCAGAUACCCAAUGGAGAUGCAUAUAGUCAACAUGAAGUCCAUCUAUCCGAAUUUGACAGCCGCCUUGGAUGAUCCAACUGGACUUGCUGUCCUUGGAUUCUUCAUUGAUGUUGUGUAUGCAGACAAUGUGCACUUUGGACAUGUAUCACAAAAAUUGUCCUCUGUAGCUUACAAAGGCCAAACUACUAAAAUCAAGCCAUUCCCACUGAUGAGCCUUCUGCCGAAGCACAACAUGAGUCAGUAUUACCGUUAUUACGGCAGCCUCACCACCCCUCCUUGUUCCCAAGUGGUUGUAUGGACUCUGUAUGAAGUCCCCAUCUACAUCUCAUGGUCUCAACUGGCUCAGUUUACCUCACAGAUCUUCUCCACAGAGGAGGAUGCAGAGCAGGUGACACCUCUGCAGAACAACUUCAGGCACAUCCACCCUACCUUCAGCCGCAUCAUCUCUGCAUCCAAAGAUGCCAAACUCCUCACAGGGACGGCCAGUCGUCCCUUCAGGUUAUCUGUGUCAGUGCAGCUGCUUCAAAUCAUUUUACUGGGAGGCUUCAUCUCUGGACUCUAGUGCUGCGUCAAGUCCAAAUCAUGAAACAUGAAACACAACAACGGCGAACAAGGAUUAAUUCAUGUUUUUUCUGUGGUCACAGAGGUUUCUGAUUUGAAUCUGAGUUAAAGUGUAGAGUUGUCACAUCCGUAGAGAUGCUCCAGCAACUAAUACAUAUAAAAAAACAAACUGUGAAAAAGAGUACUGUAAUGUGUUGAAGUGUUACUAAUUUUUUCCUGAUUGUGCCCUGCUGUCUCUGCAGGAUUAUUUAACUCCAUUAGUGCAUUACUAACAGUGGUGAAUGGAGCACUGGUAGCAUGUGUGCAUUUAUGACUGUAGGCAUUGUACAGUAGCUUGUUUUUGAAAAGGUACAAUCCUAACAUAUAAGGUAGUUUUCAUUAGUAUUCUUUAGACUUUGGGUCUGAGAUUGUUAGAUUGUUAAAACUUGAUAAUAGUUAAAGACAAAAGAUAAAUUUAGUCAAAACUUGAGAACACAGACAAAGAGGAUAUAGCCAUGCUAGAAGGCUAAAUGCUAUGUUGUCACUUGUUCACUGUGUUAGUUUAGAGUAUUAGCAUGCUAACAUUUGCUAAUUAGCAAUAAACACAAAGUACAGUUGAGAUUGAUUGGAAUAUUGUGUAUUUUACAAGUAUUUUAUCAUAAAAUGAAGUACUGGACAAAAUAAAAAUUUUGACCUGAUGAUGGCGCUGG